AUGAAUGACUUAGCUUGUAAUGGGAACGAAACUAAUGAGGGCUCUCCGAGUGCAUCUUCCAAGUCGAAUUCCCCCAAGAUCUCAUCUCGUAUCAUCAGCAUUCCAAAUCCUUCCUUCUCCCGCUCCGACUGCGCCAUCCUCUCACCGAGUCUUAUCUGGAAGAGUGCUCACAAUCUUUUUACACUAGAUGAGCUAGAACUGAAUGAACGGUUGCAGUGGAUAGACAAUCAAGGCCUGUUUGACGUACUCUUCGGUGUUCCCCGCCUUCACACUGGCAUAAACAGACUUAGAUUUUCUGAUCGGCCCGCGGUGAAUGCGUUUGCAACAACAGUUAUCCUCAAUGACUUUCAUAUUGAGUGA